AUGUAGAAGAAUUCAAAAAAGAAAGAAGCAAAAUCUCAACCAAACGAAAUUAUAAUAAAUAGUAAUCAAGAUGAUGAUAUUAUUGAUAGCAGCAUUUAUGAUAAGGAAUUUGAAAAGGCGAACGAUGUUUUUGUAGAGGAUGAUGAAAUAGUAGAAAACAUAACUCACACAUUAGAUGAAAAUGAUAAGGAGCAUCCAUACAUUUUUUAGACAAAAUAUGGAAGAGUUAAGUAUGUAUAGACUCCUCUUAGUCUCAAACUGCAAUCUUAAAUUACUAAAGCCUAUUACCUUCAUAAUACUAUGUCGUCUAAUUUUAUAAGAAAAAUAAUGAAGGAAGAUUAAACCAAAUCUUUAUUAAUCUUUAGUCUAAACACAAACUACAACAAUGCAAACCAAACCUUUUCUGCAGUCAAAAAAAUGGUUGAAGAGUAUUACUAUGGAACUGAGAAUCGCCCAAAGAAUCCUUUCCGUAAAUGCACUACUCCUGAAGAGAUAUACAACUUGUCUAGACGUAUUGCUAUUGAGUAGAAGAAUUUUUUGUCUCGUAUUUGCAUCCUUGUUUCACAUAGUGGAUAGUUAAGAAUUAAGGGUUCAAAUGUGCCUUCUUCAUAACUUUUAAGCUAGCACUUAGGAAAAUAGCAAGAAGGAGCCAUAGAAAAGCAUGACUUCAUAAUCCCAUUUUAGCAUUGGUAAGGUAUUCAUUCAGCUGAGCAAUAUGAAAGUAAUGGUAUUCCUAUUCCUCAGUUAAAUGGCAAAAAAGUGUAUCCAGUUUAUGGAGUUUGGCCUCCUACCUAGUAGCAUUAUUUGAAGCUGCUUGCUUAGUAUCUAUAAGACAAUAAGAAUUAUCUCAGAGGAGUGGAAAAGGUUUGUGAUUUAGGAUGUGGUUCAGGAAUUUUAAGUUUUAUUAUUGCAGAAGCUGCUCCAGAAGUAAAAAUAACUUCUCUUGAUAAAUAUGAAGCAGCUGUUAGGUGCACUGGAAUGAAUUCAGCUAUUUUAAGUCUAUCAUCUAGAAUUAGAAAUGAAAUUUUUGAUAUUACUGAAAAGUAAAAGAAUAAUAACCUAGUGGCUAACCUGGAAAAAUUAAACAAUAUUAAACAAAAAAUUGGUUGA